GCCGAGUGACAGACGUCUAUAUUUUCCCGUAUAGACAGGAUAAAAGGGUUCAUAAGUCAUUUAUUACCCCACUGAUUUUUUCAUAACCAUUAGUGAAAAAAAGAUGUGAGUCCAGGGGUCUUUACCAAAAACAAGGCUUAGAUGGAAACCAUGUAACUCGCUUUAUAAUUCGAACGUACACAGACAUUGGAUCCACAACUCGUUCAAAAAUAAACAAUGCAAUACAACUUUUAAAAAUAGAAUAUUUCAAUACAGUUUUGCUGGAGUGUUCGUAUUAAGAUUUAAUGUACCAUUGUUAAAAUUUCCUCCGGGAAAAAAAUGAAGAGACUGCGUGGAACUGGAAGAGCUGUCGAUUGGUUAUGUACGUCAAGUUGGUUAUUAAUUGAGCUCAAGAUGUUUGAAAUUUUGUAACGGUGAGUGGUACUAGCUGAUUUGUAAUUUCGUAACGAAUCAAUAUUUUUGUGACCACUGUGUUGGGCUACAUAAACUUUUGUUUGACAUUAAUAAAUAGUUUGCACAGUUUGUUAUUCAGCUCUUCUGGUGGUAUGAGAUGAGAUGGUCUAUAUUCUUGAAUGAUUCGACAAUACCUGACAAAGGUGUUUGCUGCAAACGUAUUACAAUAUUUUGUAGCUUUUGACUGUUGUCCUGCUAUGAAUUCGUCUAUUUCAUUUAAAUCGUCAAAUAAACUAUCGUCUACCAGACGAAAUCAAGGAGUAAUUGACAUUUCCUACCACUUUAAAUUAACUUUAUUGUUUUGUUUUUCUUUUGAUGUCGGUUAAUAGGGCGUCAUAUAGACUGGUCACGUGAAAAAAAAACAAUCAAAUAUUCCGAGAACGUUCGAAUAAACGUAAACAUUCGAAAAUACAGUAAUGGCUUACUACGCCUGCCUAUGUACAUACCUGUUAGCAAGAUAGCUAUCACCCACUUAAAUUGCCAAAAUUCAUGUUCUUUACAAAGCUGUAAAAGGAACCUUUAUUAUCAUUAAAAAUGUCAACAAUGGAAAAUGAAAGCCCAAAUAACAUCUUUUAUAAAAAUAUUUGCUGUUUGGCUCACCGUUUUUGGUCAAUAUUUUUGAGCAUUUCAAAUACUCAGGAAUCCUCUUCUUCAAUGUUUUUGUAACAAAAUCCGCCAUCUUUAUCGAUUUACUAUAAAGAUGGCGGAUUUUAUGCAUGUAUUACGAUCUGUGAAUGGAUUACCUAUGUUGGGUGUAAACCAGCCUGUACCAGGGUUUUUUUUUGCAGCCUGUCUCGAUGUUAAAAAGGCAAAAGCCCCUGGGGACGAGGUUUGUUAAAAAGACAGGAAUUUUUGCAUUGAUUAAAAAUAUACAGUCUUACACCAAAUCUUAUAAUAAAAUAUUAUUUAACAAUAAUGUUUGAACAAUACAUAUAAAAGAAAAUGUAAAAAACGAUUUGUUAAAAUGAAAUUUACGUAAACUAUGAAAGGUGCUCUAAGAUAGGACAAAUUUUUGUUGUUUCGUAAAAGAUAUUGGCAGAUGUAAACAUUAAGUUUGAAAAAUAUAUUUUUAACAGGUAGAAAGUUUGUUUUUGUUACGAAAGAUACAGUCACCAUGAGAACGAAAGAUUUCAUACAGAUAUAUGUUAUAAAAUUGCUUCGCACAAAGUUGCAACCGAAUAAGAUUGAUUUAAACAAUAAGUCUGCUCAACACAGCAUUUUUUGAAGAUUCCAGGUGUAAAUUGUAGUGUAUUCGGGGCCAGUAUGUGUAGAAGACCAAAAGGCAUUGAUAUACUUAAAAUCUCUGCAGAACAUGUUCAGAAAGAGCGGCAUCAAAGUGGUUGGCUGAAAUAACUAAAACAAGAGUACUUGAUGAGAACUUUAAGAAACAAAUAUAUAGCUAACAAUAUUGUGUAUGCAUGUAAAAAACACAUUCAUGAGAUGUUGUAUGCCGAGACAAAUUCGACCGUCGAAUCAAUGUCCACCAUUUUCAAGGGUGUUGCCGGAGUGAAAUUCUUGAGAAGGACAAGCCCGCAGUCUGCCCCGAGGAAUGCAAUAUUCCUCAAAAAAGGCACAAGGGCUGAAAAGAAUGUGCAAAAAAUUUGGAGGCAACGUAAAAUAUUUGAAGAGGUUGCUGAGCGCCGACGUAAUCGGCAACAAGCUGCUAGCGAGAAACGUCGGCCUCAGCAGCCUAAACAAUUAACGUUGGUGGAUCGACUCCGGAAAGAAAUUACGGAUUUAAAAAAUGAAAAUGAAAAUAUACGCAAUACUAUGAACUUAGAGAUAAUAAGAUUGAAAUCAAAAGUGCAUCGACUGGAGGAUGCGCUUUUUAAAAGCAAUGAAAUAAGAAAAGGUUAGUUAUUGAUCACAGUUAAUUAUUUCUGAAAUUGUUUGUAGAAACAAGAAUAAAUCUUCAUUCAUCUCUUUAAUAAUAGCCGUCGUCUGUCUGUCUGUGUGUCCGCGAAAGCCGCCUCCGUUACAGGAACACGAAAUUUUGUAAAAUACGCACCGAUAGCAAAAACGAUAUAUUUUUACCGACUUUUUUUUGACCGCUCCCACGUAGUACACCAAUCACGACGCCUGAUUCUUUAAAAAACAAAGCAAGACUUUCGCUUAAAAAAACAAUCCAAUAUUUUCGCGGCUAUACGAAGGCCAUUUUGACGAAGGCCAUUUUGACGAAGGCCAUUUUGACGAAGGCCAUUUUGACGAAGGCCAUUUUGAAAGUGGUCAUGUGUGGUCAGUUUUGUAGGCUUUUAUCUUCUGAAAGCUUUAUAUUUUUGUUAUAUUUGUUUUUUGUUUGUUAUUAAUGUUAAGAUAAAUAUAUUA